CGGGAGGGGCCGUCUGGUCUGGGGAAUUAGCGCCAGGGACGGGCGCGCGCGCGGGUCCCCAGCACAUCUGGGCGAGAGCGGCGCCGCUGGACCGAGGGGGGCGCCGAGCGCGAAUCUGGAGAGGCAGAGGCACCGCGCGGCUGGGGCCCUUCGAGGCGCUCGGGGCGCACAUCUGGGACCUCGAGAGGCGGCCGUGCCGCGCACAGCUGGGCCGGGGGAGGGGGGCGGCGGCUGCACAGCUGGACCGGAGGGGGCGGGGUCGGUCCCGGGCGGCCGGCAGAGGGGAGGGCCGCGAGCCGCCGGGGACUGGAGCAUGGGACGGCGCGCCUGAAGGAGCAGGGGCGAGGCAGGGGCCUGGGAGCCCGGCAGGCAAAGAGGAGAGCAAGGGGCCCGAGAGCAAAGGAGGAGGAUGCAACUGACUCGCUGCUGCUUCGUGUUCCUAGUGCAGGGCAGCCUCUAUCUGGUCAUCUACGGCCAGGAUGAUGGCCCUCCCGGCUCGGAGGACCCCGAGCGCGAUGACCACGAGAGCCAGCCCCGGCCCCGAAUGCCUCGGAAGCGGGGCCACAUCUCGCCCAAGUCCCGCUCCGUGGCCAACUCCACUCUCCUAGGGCUGCUGGCUCCGCCCGGGGAGGCAUGGGGGGUCCUUGGGCAGCCCCCCAACCGCCCGAACCACAGCCCCCCACCUUCGGCCAAGGUGAAGAAAAUCUUCGGCUGGGGUGACUUCUACUCCAACAUCAAGACGGUGGCCCUGAACCUGCUGGUCACGGGGAAGAUCGUGGACCACGGCAACGGGACCUUCAGCGUCCACUUCCGACACAACGCUACGGGCCAGGGCAACAUCUCCAUCAGCCUCGUGCCCCCCAGUAAAGCCGUAGAGUUCCACCAGGAGCAGCAGAUCUUCAUCGAAGCCAAGGCCUCCAAAAUCUUCAACUGCCGGAUGGAGUGGGAGAAGGUGGAACGGGGCCGCCGGACCUCGCUCUGCACCCACGACCCGGCCAAGACCUGCUCCCGAGACCACGCUCAGAGCUCGGCCGCCUGGAGCUGCUCGCAGCCCUUCAAAGUCGUCUGCGUCUACAUCGCCUUCUACAGUACGGACUACAGGCUGGUCCAGAAGGUGUGCCCGGAUUACAACUACCACAGCGGUACUCCCUACUACCCCUCCGGCUGACCCUGGGCAGGCCACAGAGGCCAGGCCGGGGCUGGAAGGACAGGCCUGCCCACGGGGGAGGCCACCGGGCUGGAUGCUGGGCAGGGCAGGGCAGGGACCUCAGGCAGGGAGGGGGGUGGACAGGAGGAGAUGCCACGUGAGGCCAGGGCCGAGUCUCCAGCGGUGGCGGGGAGGGGGUCCCAAGGGCUGGCCCAGCCUGCGGUGGUGGAGCGACUGGGAUGCGGGCGCUCUGGGGGAGGAGUGGGCUCUCUGCGCAGCCCCGCAGGGCUUCCCCACGGAGGAGCAAGAAGAUGCUGGGUGCAGGCUUCUUAGUGUGGCCCCAGUAAAGGGACGGAGAGGAGCCGAAAGCCUGGGCUCCCUCCUUGCCAUCCUGAGGAAGAGCGGCACCAAGGAGAAGGGCAUUUCAUCACCCUGGACGCCAAGUAGGCGACAAAGGAUGGCAGAAAUGGGGCUGCCUGGGAGCCAGCUCCGGGAGGGGGGAGGGGCAGGGGGCAGGACGAGGGGGGCCCCCCUGUAAGCCCUUGUCCUGGACUGUGGGCUGAGCUUGGCUUGAGGCUGAAGUGGUGACCCUUGAAGUCUUUCUGAUGUCUUGACAAAUAGACCCUCUGUUCCCAGGCAGGCCAUCGCUUUCCAAAAUUCCCUCUCCUGCCAUGGCUGCGUACCCCCGCGCCCCUGCCCACCCUCGUGCUCACGGGACACCCAUCCUUAAGCUGAGACAGAGGGUGAUUGUGGUUCUCCCAACACCAAGGCCACAGAUGGAAGCCCACCCUUGCGCUGUGUCCCUCCGCCACCCCACCCCCUGCUGGCUCCUCUGGGAGUGUCCUUGUCUAGCCAGUGAGCCUUGCCUGUGGGCCUGGGGCUCCCCUGGAUAGAGCCGGCACCUCCCCUCUUGGCCCAUGGGGCUGGGGGACGCCAGACUAUCAAGGGCGUGCUGGACCUGUUCUGUGGUGUCUGUCUGUGGGUGGGGGAGGGGCGGGGGGGCGUGGAAUCACCUGAUUGUCAACUUCUGUGUGCAGAGUCUUGUUCUGGAGCAGGGAAUAAAGCUUUCCCG